CCUUACCUUCUCUGGGUAUCUGCCGCAUCAGUUGCACUGCAUCUGUGGCCCCCUGUUCCUGUUCCCACGUCCCGCGUCUUGUCGAUUUUGCCAAUAUUCCGUUCAGGGCAGGUUCCUUUUAAGUCGACCUUAUCGCUUUCUCUUCUUCAGCUUAUAUUUCUUUUCCCCGGCCCUGUUCAUUCCCUCCCAUCCUUCCCUCCUCUUGGCUUUUUCGUGACUUGGUGGUGGGCUUAUCCUUUCUUUACCCUCUUCCCCCUCCCCCCAACCCAGCGCAUUGCCCUCCGUCCCAACUUCGCGCAGUGUUGGAGCUUCAGAGGAAUAGGAGGAACUCGAGACGACGACCGACAAUCACAGGCAUUUACAGCACAAACCCGCAGGACAAAGGUGGAACGACUCAAGUCAAGGACUCCCUGCCAAGACACGCCUAGGCCAAUCUCCCGCCCGCCCUGCCCGCUAAUCCACCGUCCACAACCUGCCCUGGGCGAACCCAGUGCUCCGUGGCUCCGCCCACUCACCCGCUGUCUCAGGGAAAACUUGCGACACCCGACAGCCCCUACAACUAAAGAUCGGGCUCCCUAGCGCGCAAAAGUUCUGGACCGUUUGGCCGCUCGCGCCCACUACAAGACACCUGGGUUCCGACAACACACACACAAAAUGCCCUUCUCCCGCCGUCAGAAGAAGGCGAAUGACCCCUCGGUCGACAACUCCACUCCUCCCGCCAACGACACCGCGAAUAACAUCACCACCACCACCACCACCUCACCUCACACAGGCGUAAACGAGAACGAAAAGACGGCCGCGAACCCUUAUCCCGCUACCGUCGAAUCUCCCAUCGACGCCGCCGCCCCGACGGCCCCAAUGCCGAACCACGCCCACCCCGGCUCCGGCUUUGGCAAGCUCGGCGACGAGGAGUACAACCUCCGCGAUGUGGACUCCCGGUCGCGCGACAACGACAUCACGGGGGCGGGCGGUGUCGCUGGUGGUGGUAUCGACGGCGACAAUAAUAGCGUCCUCGAGGGAACGGCCGUCGAGUAUCGCACGUAUAAGCGCCGCUGGUUCGGCCUCGCGCAGUUGACGUUGCUUAACAUCAUUGUCUCGUGGGAUUGGCUCACCUUCGCCCCCGUAGCCUCCAACGCAGCAACCUACUACCGCGUCUCCGAAUCCGCAAUCAACUGGCUCUCCACGGCCUUCCUCUUCGCCUUUGUCGCAAUCUUCCCCCUGACCAUCCGCAUCCUCCACAUGGGCCCCAAACCCUCCUUCAUCACCGCCGCCGCCCUCAUCCUCGUCGGCAACUGGAUCCGCUUCGCCGGCUCCCACUCCCGCUCCCCCACCGGCGGAAACUACGGCGUCGUCAUGUUCGGCCAGAUCCUCACCGGCCUCGCCCAGCCCUUCGUCCUCGCCGCGCCCACCCGCUACUCGGACCUCUGGUUCACCAACCGCGGCCGCGUCGCCGCCACCGCCCUCACCUCCCUCGCCAACCCGCUCGGCGCCGCCCUCGGCCAGCUCAUCGUGCCCUUCUGGGUCGCCGACCCGCAGGACAUGUCCCCCGGCGUCCUCUACGUCGCGGUAAUCUCCACCGUCGCCUCCCUGCCGGCCUUCUUCAUCCCCGCGGCGCCGCCCACCCCCGUCGCACCCUCCUCCCGCACCCUCAAGCUCGGCAUCCGCGACUCCCUGUCCAUCGUCUCCCGCUCCCUCGAGCUCUGGCUUAUCCUCAUCCCCUACGCCUUCUACGUCGGCUUCUUCAACUCCAUCUCCUCCCUCCUCAACCAGAUGAUGGGUCCCUACGGCUUCACAGACGAAGAAGCAGGCAUCGCGGGCGCCCUCCUCAUCGUGGUAGGUCUCGUCGCCUCGGCAAUCACAUCGCCCAUCCUAGACCGCACCAAGAAAUUCAUCCCCGCCAUCAAGGUAGCCGUCCCCGUCAUCGGACUGUGCUACCUAAUCUUCAUCUGGAUGCCCGAGACGCGCAACAUCGCCGGUCCCUACGUCGUCCUCGCCGUCCUCGGCGCCGCGUCCUUUUCCCUGGUUCCCGUCGCGCUGGAGCUUCUUAUUGAGCUGAGUCACCCCGUAAGCCCAGAGGUCACGAGCACGAUCGCCUGGGCGGGCGGACAACUCCUCGGCGCCAUCUUUAUCAUCAUUUCCGACGCGCUGCAGGCGAAUGAACAGGCGAACCCGCCCAAGAAUAUGAAGAAUGCGCUCGUCUUCCAGGCCGUUGUGGCACUCGUCAUUGUGCCGCUGCCGUUGUGUCUGGGCUUGUUUGGGCGGAGUGAUAGGGUCAGUCUCCGACGUGUGAGGUCGGACGAGCAGAGCACGCGACAGACGACGACUCCGUAGAGGAACUCUCGUUACGGUAUGCCAUACGUGGUGAAAGAGUGACUUGUUGCAGUUGUGUUGGUAAUUAGGCAUUAGUCUUGUUGUGCUAUAUAGUUAAUUUUGGAUACCCCCAUAUAUGUUUUCAUAUAUGUUUCUCGUAAAACAAACCGUCUUUCGUCUCUUUUUUUUUCCAUUCCGUAUCUCAUUGUUCUGACGGAGCUCGUCCAUAAUUCUUCAUCCAGACUUGCCAAGGCCGUUGGUGCGACUGUGCCCGUUGACGCCCUCCCCGCGAAUAUCGAGAAACUCCUCCCACUCGUGCCUCAACCUCUCCAUCUCGGUCCACACAUCCACCCCCAACGCCUCAAAGUCGACAAGCUGCUCCUUGGUCAAGUCCCUCGCGCCGGGAUUCCGCCCGACAGCCUUGCGUAGCACGCCCGUCGCGGGAUCUCUCGCAAGCGACUCCCGGUCCUCGACGGCGCCCUCCCACCCCCACCCCUCCACCUCUGUCUUUUUCACGUCCUGCCGUCCCGAAAACGACGCGGCGGACCCCCACUUGAUUUUUUUCGCCUCCAGCUCCUCGAGCGUCUCGUCGUCCUGCAGCGCGAUCCAGACGGGCGCCACGGCGCCGUUGUAUCCCGUCACGGGGUGCCAGGGCGAACCCAGCCAGCGGGCGAGGUAGAGCGCAAACUUGUAAGCCCAAAAGAGGAUAAAGGGGAAGGGCACGGGGAAGAGGUUGGAGGCGACUACGCCCGGGUGCGUGAGAUAAAAGGAAGGACGAACUGGUAGGCGUUGCGCGAUUUGGGGGUCUUCGGGUGUGAAGUAGGAUCUGGCUAUGCGCUGCGUGGCGGGUAAGUGGGACGAUAGAGAGAGCACGUCCGUCAGGCGCUUGGAGGACUCGUACGGCCCUUCCGUCUCGACGCCCUGGAAGUCGUCGAGGCGGAGGUGGCGCGCCUGAGGCUCGAUGCUGCUCGUCCAGACGACGCGGCCUGGCGUCUCUUCGGGUGUGGCUCUGCUCAAGAGAGGUAACAGCUCAUGGGCAAAGACGUAGUGGCCAAAGACGUUUGCGCAAAAGACUUCACCGAGGACGGGGGAGGAGGGCUUGGUAUCGUAAGCGGAGGCUAGGGAGAGGGGGUUAUCGGGGGAGUCUGUGGGUACCAGGUCGGAGCGGACGGGUCGCUGGUUCAGGACGGCGCCGGGGCGUGCGAGCUUGAAGGAGGGCCAGGUGAGGACGGCGAGGAGGCCCUUUGUGAAGGUGUCUGUGAGGAGGCCGGCCCAGUCGAGGCCGGUCCAGCCGCCGAAGCCGGCGUUGAAGAUGACGGAGUCGAGGCGGGGGAUCUUGUAGGCGCGCGGGGGCGAUACGGGGUCGGUCGGGUCGGUGAGGGUGCCGGCGACGAGGUUGGCGGCGCAGGCGUAGACGGAGGGGAGGUCGCAGAGGUCGAGCUGGGUGGAGAGCAGGUGGACGCGGGCGAGUGUGUCGUCGGGGUCGUAGUAGGAGGAGCCGGCGCGGGAGCGGAGGGCCGGGGAGGUGGUUGCCGUGCGGCGGAGGUGUUGGCGGAGGGCCUCGACGGACUCGCGGGACUUGCGGACGGAGCGGGUGGUCGGGAUGAGGAUCAGGUGGGAGGUUAGGGGCCGGGUCGCGAGGAAGUCGUCGAUGAGGCGUUCGCAGAUGCCGAGGCCGACCCCGCUGGUUUUGCGAUUGCUGUCAGCUCAUUGUGUUCUCUGUCCGAGGCCCGAGGAGAGUAGAAGCUGGCAAUGAAGAGCAAACUUCGAGAAAGGAGGGACGGGCUGUGGUAGUUCACCUGUUUGCGCCGGUGACCAGCAC